GUUACUUCUAACUUCUUUACUUUUACUUAUUGAUCGGUAUUUCUUCAUCCAGCUCAAUCAUGUUACAAUCACAGAUUAUAAAUGCUCUUCCACGUAGAGUUAUAGCUUCUUUGUGGGCGACACAGGAGACCCGUAUUUCGCUUUCUCAUCUUAUUCCUAACACUUCACCAACUGCUACCACCACAACGACUCACCAUGUUGGUAAAAAAGAUGAUACUCAACCUCCCCCACCAGCCAUCUCUUCCAAAUUUCUCAGUAACGAACUACCCAUCCGAUUCACUCAUAUUUUACGAUUAUUAUCAACGCUAUCACCAACUGCUUUACAGUCUCCCAUUAUAAAAAAUGUGUCACAUAGUUAUUUACGAGAUAUUUGUACUCUGCUGCAUCCUUCUUUACAAGAGACGUCUCCAAAAGCCUUUUCAAAAGUGAUUGAAAAAUUACAAUCGAAUCAAGCUACCAACUUAAUCCGACUAAAAUAUGCUUUAUUACAAUCUAAUCCGACUGCUGCUUCCGUUGCUUUAAUGGAAAACAUCAGUACCAUAAGUUUAGGAAUACAUCUUUUACUAGAUCAACAUAUUUCUUGGGGCUUAAAACAUAAUAAUCACGCUCAAAAAAUUUGCCCAGAAGAAAUUGCGCAUCAAGCAGUAGCAGAUGCACGAAAAACCUUUGCCGAUAUAUUAGGUGAUGAUCGUAACAUACCGUCCAUCAGCAUUAUUAACAAAACAGAUACUGUCAAUGCAGCUAUAAAAAAACGACAUCAGCCUGCUAAAGACGAUGCUUUUUAUUACGUACCCUCUGUUUUGCACCGCAUUUUAUAUGAAUCAACACUACUUUCUUUACGAGCUAAAAUCAAUUUCGAUCAAGAAAACCAACUAUCAUUGUCAUCAUCAUCAAUAUUAACAAAUUGGUUAUGGUGGAAGAAAAACAAGCAUUAUCAACAAAGGGCCACGACCUUGAAAGUUUUUGGUGGUCCCACAAGCAUAGGUUUUCGAUUAGAUACACCAGCUCCUUUAAUAGAGUCAGAUUUAUUACCAGGCGUCCCCAAAGACCCCAUUGGCAUACCUACCUGCAGCUCCAUUCUAUCGAGUACUAGCAACACAACCAUCGAAAAGAAUACUUGUAUACCAUCUUUCACAGUUGAAAAUGUUGCAUGGGAGUCUUUACGCGGGUGGCGGCCUGCACAAGCUCUAGCCAGCCAUUUUGGAGGCCACUUAGACGCCAUGACGGUUGAAGGUCUAGGUUCUACUAUUUACUUAGCUUUAGACCGUGAUAUUUCUUUCAGGGAGCGUUAUCCCAACCGUAUGGUCUUGGCACCCUCUGCACAAAGUUUACUUCGUCAUCAUCGACGUACCUCUUCGGCAGCUCUGGGCUUACAAACAGCACCCCUCAGUAAAAAUGAUAAUCAUGCCCUUUCAAUUCAAGCCGCUUCUAUGCAAUUGGACGCAUUUUUAUAUGCCAUUUCCGAUUCUCAGUCUCAAUAUUAUUACAACCAACAGCAAUAUUACAACAAUGACCAUUAUCCACUUCAUUACCAUCAACAUCAUUCUGUGUCUCUUACAGCGGCCGUUGGCCAUGCAUAAUUAUACAU